UUCUCCCUUCCUUCUCACGACCCCUAAAGUCCAGCUGGGCUCGAGCAAACAGCCUGCGGUCUAGCAAACCGCAAGAGCUUCCUUCAGUCUUCCCAUUCAUCAUGGCUCUCCGAGUGAACCUCCCUCCGGCAACCCGUAUCUGCCUCGUCAGUCUCCUAACCCUUUCCCUGCUGUACAACAUCGCCCGAUGGCGCCAAAUUGACACCACCGGGGGUACGCCGACCGUCACCCCCAUCGUACCCUACCUUACACUCGUUCCGUCGUAUAUUAUCUACUACCCGUGGACUCUCGUGACCGCGACAUUCGUGGAGCAGAACAUCUUCACCGUCCUUCUGAACGCCGCCACCCUUUUCUACGGCGGGAAGUAUUUGGAGCGCGCAUGGGGCUCCCGCGAGUUCGCCAAAUUCAUCCUCACGAUCGCAGUGCUCCCCAAUGUGAUCAUUGUACCGAUCUAUCUCCUAGCUACCGCGAUGAGCGGCAGUGCCAGCGACGGCGUCACGCAGAUCUGCGGCGGUAUCUCGAUUCAGGCGUCCUUCCUCGUCGCGUUCAAGCAGCUCGUCCCCGAACACACGGUCACCAUCUUUAAAGGCCUGGUGAAGAUGCGGGUGAAGCACUUCCCCGCGCUCUUCCUCUUCCUGAACACGAUCAGCGGCGUCGCGUUCGGCACCCGCGUCGCCGCGAUCCUCGCCUGGCUCGGCCUGGUGACAAGCUGGACCUACCUGCGAUUCUUCAAGCGUCAGCCCGACCUGACCGGCACUUCGACCGACGGACUGGGCAUCAAGGGCGACGCCAGCGAGACCUUCGCGUUCGCCUGCCUGUUCCCCGACCUCCUUCAACCGCCCAUCGCCUUCUUCUCCGACCAGGUCUAUGCGCUCUUGGUCGCGCUGAAGAUCUGCACCCCCUUCUCGGACGAGGACAUCGCAUCCGGCAAUCAACAGGUUCUGGCCCGCGGCGAAGCCGGUCUUCCCAGCCUUCUGUCGACCCAGCGAGGCGGUCGCGCCAUGGCUAAGCGGGAGGAGGCCGAGCGACGACGUGCCCUGGCCCUCAAGGCUUUGGACCAGAGACUCCAGGCGGCCGCCGCCGCGAGAGCGGCCCCGUCGACCCUGAACCAGCCCGCCGCCGCGGCGCACAGCCAGACGCCCACCCCCACGGUAGCAGCAGGACAGGCGAUGCUGGGUGAAACCAGCUACACCCCGGACCACGCUUGAUGUGUGAGCUGGGAGCAUGUUCUGUGUUUGCUACUUUGUGUGUCCGCUUGGAAAUAUCCUUUCUCAACAUAUCUAUAGUGUCGUGGAGUACUGAACGGGGGGCUGGCACUUCACUUUCCUGAAUCACGUACUGAACCUGGCUCUCUUCCCAUUUCCUUAAUUCAUGAUUAUUCAAGAAUUUUUCAAGCGGGUAGGCGUUGUAACACUGAGGGGAGUCUCAUCUUUGGCUCAAAGACUGUAUAUCUUCGAAAUCUGGAUCUUACCGAGCCCGUUCUUUAAUGCAGCGAUACCCGGGUCAAUUACAUACAAUACGAAGAACGCAAC